UUUUAUCUGGUCGCCAGCGUCGGAACUCCCGCACCGAUUAGGGUUCGUCUCUCUGUGCCAUCGCAACCAAGGCUUGACCAGGAAGAGCAGUCGGCGAUCGUUCUCUAAGAUCGAAUCGCACCAGCUUCCGUUGAUUCGAAACAUCGCAGACAUGUACGGAUCCAGAGGGGCAAUGUUGGGAGGCGGGGGGGUGUCAGAUGGGUACGAGGUCGGCUCAAAGAGACAAAGAAUGAUGGAAUCGAAUCCCUACUUCGCAGUGAGCAGCGGUCCAGGUGGAUAUCAACCUUUUGGAUAUGGUGGUGGCUUUCAACCCCCUUCUUUUCCAGUUGUUCGUCUGAGGGGACUACCCUUCAACUGCACGGACAUUGACAUCUACAAGUUCUUUGCUGGACUUGACAUAGUGGAUGUGCUGCUGGUCAAUAAGAAUGGACGCUUCUCAGGGGAGGCCGUUGUUGUCUUUGCAGGAAACAUGCAUGUUGAGUUUGCCCUGCAGAGAGAUCGACAAAAUAUGGGACGUCGCUACGUGGAAGUUUUUAGGUGCAAGAGGCAAGAUUACUACAAUGCUGUCGCUGCAGAAGUUAACUAUGAAGGGAUCUAUGAUACUGACUACUUGGAAAAUCCUACGCCAGCUCCAUCUGGUCCGAAAAGGUUUGAUGAUAAGGACCAAAUGGAAUUCACUGAAAUAUUGAAGAUGCGUGGACUUCCUUUCUCUGUGAAGAAGCCUGAAAUAAUUGAAUUCUUCAAAGAGUAUGAGGUGGUAAAAGACAGGAUACACAUAGCUUGCAGGCCAGAUGGCAAAGCAACUGGAGAGGCAUUUGUGGAGUUUACCUCUGCAGAAGAGGCCAGGAGAGCUAUGGGCAAGGAUAAAAUGACCAUCGGGUCAAGGUAUGUGGAGCUGUUCCCUUCAACUCGUGAUGAGGCUAGAAGGGCAGAGUCAAGGUCCAGACAGUGAUGAAUAUAGUGAGGAUGAGGGGUUUUGUCAUCCACUGAGGUUAAGCUUUGUAAUUCCUAGCUUAAAUGUCACUUUUCAUAGCCUUGUGAACCUUUUACUUGACAAUGGAAGUUGCCUUUGAACAGUUUUGCAUUGCUAA